AUGGCAAGGCCUGAGCAUGUGUGGAAAAAUACAUGGAAGUUGUUGUCUGAUGACAUUGUGCAUAGACAAAGAAGAAUUCUCGAUAAUCAAGCUUUAUCCAAAUCCAUCCCAUUAGAUGUACCUGUCAACAUGUGUAGAAAAUUGGGUUUACAAGUAACAGAUGAAGAGCUGCAGGACUUAAUUCUAAUUGAAAUUGAAGACUUACAGAAAGCUUACAACAAAAGCUUAAGAGAUUACCAUUCUAUGCCAUACCCAAACAUGAAAAUAUCUAAUCUGCUAUUGAGGCACACUGGGAUUAAUAGACUGAUUCACGAUGAACUUCGAUAUGAUAGACGCAAUCUAGCGGUGGAACACACAACAUAUCUGCAACAACUAACAGAAGAACAAAGAUUAGUAUAUGAACAAAUUAUGAAAACUGUGAACAAUGGGAAAGGGAGGGUCUUCUUCCUAUAUGGAUACGGUGGGACUAGAAAGACAUUUUUCUGGAAGACACUAGCCGCUGCAAUUAGAUCAAAAGGGAAGAUUGUUAUCACGGUUGCAUCAAGCGGGAUAGCAUCCUUAUUGUUACCAGGUGGUAGAACGGCACACUCAUGUUUUGCAAUCCCAUUAAACCUUGAUGAAUUUUCAACAUGCAACAUAAAGCAAGGCAGUGCAUUGGCUGAGUUGAUACUAAAGACUCAGUUAAUAAUAUGGGAUGAAGCUCCUAUGGUUAAUAAACAUUGCAUUGAGGUGCUUGAUAGGACAAUGAGGGAUAUCUUGAGGUUUAGUAAUCCAAAUAGUCAAAAUCAGCCAUUCGGAGGAAAGACAAUUGUAUUCGGUGGGGAUUUUCGGCAGAUACUUCCUGUUAUUCCCAAAGGUAGUAGGCAAGAUACUGUACAUGCAACGAUAAAUUCUUCUUACAUUUGGGAGAGCUGCAAGUUACUUACUUUGUCAAAGAACAUGCGUCUGAAAGCUACACAUGAUGAUGAAAAAAUAGAAGACUUAAGGGAAUUUGCAGAAUGGAUUCUAAAGAUCGGUGCUGGAAACUAUGGCACUCUGAAGGAUGGUGUUGACAGAGUUAAAAUUCUGGAUGAUAUCAUGAUAAAGGAUUGGGAUGACCCCAUCGUAGCUAUUUGCAAAGCAAUAUAUCCGGAUUUGUUUGAUGGGACAAACUAUCUAUCUAACAUUCAAGAUCGGGCCAUACUUGCACCCACAUUGCAUAUUGUUGAUGAAAUCAAUAAUUAUAUGAUCAGUUUGAACCAAACCGAGGCGCAAACCUUUUAUAGCUCAGACAAAGCAUGCGAAACAGAACCUGCUAAUGACAUCUCUGCAUCAAUUCACACACCUGAGUUCCUAAACACGAUUAAAUGCUCUGGGGUGCCAAACCAUGAAUUGACACUCAAGGUUGGGACACCUAUAAUGUUACUCCGUAACAUUGACCACACGGCUGGGUUAUGUAAUGGCACUCGCUUAGUCAUAACCAAACUUGGUAAACACGUAUUAGAAGCAAGGAGCCUAUCAGGAGCAAACAGUGGCCAAAAUGUUUUCAUCCCAAGAAUGACUUUAACCCCAUCUGAUUACAGGAUACCUUUCAAGUUUCAACGUAGACAAAUUCCUAUAAUGGUAUCAUAUGCGAUGACCAUUAAUAAAAGUCAAGGCCAAUCGUUGUCUAAAGUUGGGUUGAUCCUAAAAAAAUCCGUCUUUAUACAUGGUCAGUUAUAUGUUGCGGUAUCUAGAGUUACAAAUAGAGCUUUAUUGAAAAUAUUGAUAUGUCACGCGGAGGAUAACUGCACAGAAACGGACAACGUGGUAUAUAAAGAAGUGUUUAGGAAUGUUGGUUAG